AUGCUGCCACGAUCCCUACUCAUCCUCGGCGCCGCGGCCGCGGCCAGCACGGCCAACGCAGCCUACACGCUGGUCGACAACUACGACCGCAGCAACUUCUUCGACUCGUUCACCUUCUUCACCGACAAGGACCCGACCAACGGCUUCGUCCAGUACACGACGCCGCAGGUGGCCAACAACAGGGGGCUGGCCGGCUACGCGGGCAACCAGAUCUACCUGGGCGUCGACCACACGACGCAGAACCCGGCCUCGGGCCGCGCCUCGGUCCGCGUGACCUCCAAGAAGGCCUACACCCGGGGGCUCUUCGUCGCCGACAUCACGCACAUGCCCGAAGGGUGCGGCGUCUGGCCCGCCUUCUGGACCUUCGGCCCCAACUGGCCCUCGAGCGGCGAGAUCGACAUCAUCGAGGGCGUCAACAGCCAGGCCACCAACUCGCUCACGCUGCACACGGGGCCCGGCUGCUCUGUGACCAACACGGGCUCCCUGGGCAGCACCAAGUUCGUGGCGGGCGGGUCGACCGACUGCGGCCACGCCGGCGGCUUCUCGGGCUGCUCGCAGGCGACGGCCGACAGCCGCACGUACGGCGCCGGGUUCAACGCCGCGGGCGGCGCCGUCGUGGCCAUGGAGUGGACGGCCGAGGCCAUCCAGAUGUGGCAGUUCUCGCGGGGCAGCCCGCAGGCCUCGCAGGCGCUGAGCCCGAACCCGGUCCCCUCGAGCUGGGGCCCGCCCCUGGCGCGGUUCGCCGGCUGCGACUUCGACGCCCACUUCCGCGACCACCAGGUCGUCUUCAACACGGACCUGUGCGGCGACUGGGCGGGCCAGGUCUGGGGCCAGGACGCGACGUGCGGCAAGCUGGCGCCCACGUGCCAGCAGUACGUGGCCAACAACCCGGGGGCCUUUGCCGACGCGUACUGGAUGAUCAACGCGGUCAAGGUGUUUCAGAGCUCUUGA